UCUUGGCUGUAGUUGGUGCUUCAUAAAUCGCGACAAAAAAAUGGAAAAUUAAUAACAUUUUUAUGUUAUUUAAACUAUUUCCUGCGUGAUAAGAGCGAAUACAAGUCAAUUGCAACACCCGUUGUUAAAGUAAGACCAGAAAAGUGAAAGAAACUCGGAAAACCGGAGCGCCACAAAAUCACGAAAAGGGAUCCUCUUCCUGUCCCUUCGCCUAAAAAGGAUCCUUGUACAACGCUGCGGGAAGCAAUCAACCAACUCACAAUCGACCCUAGAGAGUUCAAAUAUCUGUGGCCGUGAUCCGGGAGUCAAGGAUACCCAUCGGAAACCCUUCGGAAGACCGACCGCACUGUCCUCUGCGGAACAUUCGGAACAUCCUCUCUUGUCCUCUCCCCAUGAUAUGGCUCAUUCUUACGGUAACGAACAACAGUCACCAGUAGUUCCCCUCGGAUCCAACAAGGGCGGCCCACACGGACUAGGUGAUCCCGAUGAUCGGCGGCUACGAAAGGUGGAGAUAGAAGUUUUGAUCCCAAAGAUUAUGCGAGAACGAGCCAAGACGGAGAAAUGCGUCGCUGAAGUGAAGGCAUUCGAGGAUUGUUGCAAGGACGCAGGUCUCUUCAUGGUCGCAAAGUGCCAGGCACCCAACGAUGCCCUCAAAGCCUGCAGUCUCCGGUGGUACCAGAACGAACAGUUCAAACAAGAGUGUACCGAGAUUUACCUGGAAGAAAGGAAACUCUUCCGUGAAACGGGAUUACCGAAGAAAUUUAGAAAGUAAUCCUUCAUCUAACCAGUGAUCUAUCUAUGAGGUGAUGUUGCUUUAUUAAACUAUUUACCCGUUAAUCAAAUUA